GUCUCUUUAAAAAGUUGGACUGAAGUUUUUUAAACCCGUUUCGCAGGUGAUAAGUGCACUGGGUAGUACUCUGUUUUAUUUGAACCAAGUUUUCGUAUUAAAAGGUGGUCUGAGAUCUAACCAUGACCUCCAAGGGAAAUUCACUAGUCCGCUGCUUUCAGAUCACGCUAAUCCUGGGCAAUGCAAUGAUUAUGUGUUUGGGUAUAACUUUGUCUGCCAUGUGCAUCUUCUUCUUGUCGGAUCACAGUUUAAUUUACACCAUGGUCUAUGAAAGUGGCAAUGAUUCCAUCUUCAGAGGCACUUGGAUUGGGCUGUUCACUGGACUGGCCUACUUUUGUACUUCCAUUCUCGGAAUGUACUGCAUAAUGAAGUCCAAACGGAUUCUCUUGCUGGUGUACCUUCUUCUCAUGGUGUUCAUCUUUUGCUUCGAAACUGCGUCAUGUAUUACAGCUAUAACACACGGAGAUUAUUUCGUUCCCAACAUGUUCCUGAAGCAGAUGCUCAGAAGGUACAACAAGCCUUUGCCUGAUGAAAUCCCCAGCACCCUGGAUGAAAUCUACAUGACCACUGGCAUCACCCGUACCUGGAACCGUUUUAUGUUUGAACAAAAUUGUUGUGGAGUCUAUGGACCCCAAGACUGGUUAAAUUACACCUCUGAGUUCAGAUCACAGAAUUCAGAUGCAGAUUUCCCUUGGCCAAGACAGUGCUGUCAGCAAGAUACACAGGGGCAGAUUACAAACCUGCAAGCAUGCAAAAUUGGACUCCAGCCCUUCCUUUACACAAGGGGUUGCUUUGAUUUUAUGGGUGGACCGUUGCAAAGACAAGCCUGGGGUGUGGGGUGGUUUGGAUUUGCAAUUCAGUGUUGGACUUUCUUUGUGAUCGUUGGGGCGAUAUACUACUAUGUCAAACUCAACUAAUAAUGAAGUCAAGAGGGAGAACAAAACUACAAAAAUUGGAUAAAGACUGUAUUAACUACUAAUCUACCAUUUAUCUGCCAAUAUGGAGGAUUAAGGAAAACAAUGAACUAAACUUAUGAAGUAUUGGUCAUGUUGAGUUUCUACUGAAGAAAUCCUUCCCUUCUACUUUUAUUUUUGUUUUUUGACUGUAGUGAUACAAUUUGUAAAUCUAGGUAAAGACAUAUAGAACAGAAGAUCUAUUUUGUAGUUCUCGCCUGUGCUUCUUGAAAGACAAAUUAAAAUGUGUUAUUUUUGCAUCAAUUAACAAUGGUUAGGAAUUUUUUAAAAGUGAGAAUAUAUUAAAUAUUGAGCAUUACAUAUUUGUAUAGUUUGGAUUUAUUUUAAGGGAGGGAAAGUUUGGAGUUUAUAUUGCCAUAGGGUUGUAACAGUGUUUGCUAGAUUGAAAACUGAACCCCAUUAAGUACUUGUCUUGUGCAGUUUGAGAUGACAGUUGACCAAUAUUUGUCAAAUAAUCACACAUUUAUUAAUCAGUGAUAAUGUAAAAUAAAGUGCAAUUUCUCAUGCAA